GUGAGAGAGAGGAAUUGAUAUGGGCUUUUUUAUUCUUUUUAUUUUUUAUUUAUCCUUCCUUUUUUAUUUCUUCAUUCUCAUUGCUUUAAUACAAAAUGCGCCGGCUACUACAAAUUUGUGACGGGGCCGCAGCCCAUCUGUUAAUAUUAUUCCUGACACUUGCUUUUUCCAACCAGGUGCACGCCCAAAGCGACGCCAGGGACGACUGCAUAGUCAUUGACCGCUCGGGGACCACGGUCUACGAUCUGCGCGCACUCAGGGCCUACCCCCACAGUGGCGGCUACGAGGUCAAUGACUUUGAAACAGGGUACAAAUUCAAUCUCGGAAUUUGCAGCGCAUUGCCCAAGCACAAUAGCAACGAAUUGCUGAAUUCGGCACGCUGGCAGCGCGGCGACCAGAGUGGCUCGCUAGGGAAAGUCGACAGCAGCAAGCUGCGGCUGCGAGAGAACAGCAGGCUUAUUUAUGAGUACAAGGGCGGUGACGUUUGUCCGGGACACCCGCAGCUCAAUCAAUCGGCGCUGAUCUUGUUUGUUUGCGAUGCGUUUAUGGACACAGGCAAUUACGGCGGACCGGAACUUGUGUCCGAGGGGAGCCACUGCGCCUUUGUAUUUGAGUGGCGCACGUCGCUUGCCUGCCCGCAGCGCCAACCUUUUGCCGACCAAGCCCACGGCAACGAGGAGUCCUCAUCCGAGCCCAGUCAACGCUCGGUGAUAUUUGUUAUCGUGUUUGUUGUCGGCAGCGUGUACAUUCUCGGCGGCGUGCUGUACAACCGUGUACUGAAUUCGUCCAGUGGACUGCGUGGGCUUGAGCAGCUGCCAAACUACAAGUUCUGGCGUGGGAUUUUCGUAUUUGCCAAGAACUCGGCAUACGCAGUCACUGACGGCGUCAUGCACCUGGUCAAUGCCAUUCGUGGUCGUCAAAGAAGCGUUAUACGCGUUGACUCUGCCGAACACAGCUUCAGGAACGAGCUCUUUGACUCUGACGACGAGGAAGAUGCUCUUCUGAUGUUCCGUCCGCGGUGAUACAAAACAAUGUAUUCCACUUUUAUCGAGUUUUAAUGAC